AUGACCGUCGGGCAAGGGCUCCGCGCGCUGCCGCCAUGGCUGCUGCGCCGCUUGGAGCGUCUUCCUUCGCACUUGCGGCUGCACCGGUCGUCGCGGCCCUCUCCAACAGCCGGUGCGACGACGGACUUGGGCGCGCGGCUGUGGACGACAGUGCGCGAGACAUGGCACCUGGGCUUGACGGCGUUUGGCGGGCCACCCGUGCAUUUCAAGCUUUUUUACGACAAGUUUGUGACGAAGCUCGGGUGGGUGGACGAGCAGGUGUACCAGGAGCUGUUCAGCGUGUGCCAGGCGCUGUCCGGACCGGCGAGCACCAAGAUGCUGUACUGCGUGUUGCUGCUGCAUCUAGGGCUCGUGCCCGCCGUGGCUGGCUUCUUUAUCUGGAGGUCCGUACGAGCCAAGACCCCCCAGGGGCCCCUCCCCGGCGCGGCAGGCAUGUACGCACUGUCAGUGGGCGUGUCCAACGUCGGCGAGGCGCUCCCCGGGCCGGCGUACGCGCUGCUGUCGGGCCUCAACGCCGCGACGGUGGGCAUCAUCGCGCUGGCGGCGGUGCAGCUCGCCGGGCAGGCCAUCACGGACCGCCUCAGCCGCGCGCUCGUCUUCCUCGCCGCCGCGGCGGGCUUGCUGCACAACGCGCUGUGGUACUUUCCGCUGCUCAUGGCGUUGGCGGGCGCGGCGGCCGUGGCGCACGACUAUAGGUGGGUGCACCGCCCGCUGCGGUACGAGGCGGGUGCGUGGAGGAGGGUGAGGAGCCGAGGAGGGGGGACGGACGCGGACCCUGGGGAGACUGAGUUGGGCCAUCAACAUCAACAGCAGCAGCAGCAGCAGCAACACCGACGGGAACAAGGCGAAGCAGACGAGGGAGAGGAGCCGCCGCCCCCACGCGUCGUGCCCCCGGGGCGGCGCCUCCACAACACGAGCUGGAAGACGGGGCUGGCGCUCGCGGCGGCCUUCUUCGCGUCCUUUGCGGCCGUCAUGGUGGCGCGCGGCGCGCUCAAGCCGGCGCAGCCGCUGCUCUUCCGCCUCUUCGCCAACAUGUACCUCGCGGGCACCGUCAUCUUCGGCGGCGGGCCCGUCGUGGUGCCGCUGCUGCGCGAGUACAUUGUCGCCGAGGGCUGGGUCAGCCCGCGCGACUUCCUCAUCGGCCUGGCGCUGAUCCAGGCGUUUCCGGGGCCCAACUUUAACUUUGCCGUGUACCUGGGGGGGCUCGCCCACGCCCAUCACGGUCCAGGUCAGGGUCAGGGGCAGGGGCAGGACAAGUAUGGAGAUGGACAUGGAAGAGGCACAAACGGCGGCGGCGGCGGCGGCAACGGGCUGGCGGGCGCGGCCAUUGGCUUCGUGGGCAUCUUCCUGCCCGGGCUGGUGCUGGUGCACGCCAUGACGGGGGUCUGGGGCGCGGCGCGCGGGCGGCGGUGGGUGCGGUCGCUGCUGCGCGGGGUCAACGCCGGGGCUGUGGGGCUGGUGUUCACGGCGGUGUACCGGCUGUGGCAGAUGGGCCGGGUGGACGCCGGGGCGCAGGCCGGGGCGGCGCUCGGGGACGAGCCCUGGUGGGCGGCCGUCGCGGCGGGGAGCUACGUCGGCGGCGCGUGGUUUGGCGUGCGGCCCCCGGUGGCGAUUGUGGCGGGCGCGGUGCUGGGGUUGCUGUGGUACGCGGUCGUGUCGCGGUGA